CAAAGCAAGUAGGCUGUACAUAACACUAAUUAGAACUUAAAAUGUAGUCUUUGCGGCGCGGUCAACCUAUUCAAGAAUUGCCAUCCAUGCAAAUGCAAUGGUCCAGAAAAUUAGGGGAUAAGUGGAUGAUGGAAACACUAACGGGGGAUGGGAAACAGUUUGAAUUAUACGCAUGAGAGAGGGAAAAACCAUCAAUUCUAGCAUUUAAAACUGAGGAAAAAGUAAAUGCUCAUAAACUAGCCAACAAAAACAAGUAGUAGUAGCAAACGCUGUAUUGAUCACCAUUAAUUAUACCUCAGCCACCAGCAUUUAUUUAGAGUAUCCAUUUCCACCACAAACGUUUCUCAAACCAUCUUCUCUUUACUCAUUCAAGCAAUCAUCUCUCUAAUCUUUAUCUCAAAACAAUGGAAGAUCAAUCCUCUACUUCAGCAUCAUCCGUGGAUCCCUAUAAGCUCCUCAAAAUUGUUCAAAAUCCAGACGGCUCACUCACUCGACAAGCUCACUUCCCUUCAGUUUCAGCAACAGAAGAAAGCACCGAUCCCGGCACAUCUCAACUCGCUCUCUUUAAGGAUAUCCCUCUGAACCCCAACAACAAAACCUUUUUUCGUGUGUACAGGCCUCCAACUCCUCCGCCAAACACUCAUAAGCUCCCUCUCUUAAUACACUUUCAUGGUGGAGGCUUCAUCCUCUUCAGUGCUACUUCCCGUCCUUUUCACGAUGCAUGCAGUGUUAAGGCUGCUAUGCUCCCAGCUGUAGUCAUCUCUCUCGAAUACCGUCUUGCACCGGAACAUCGCCUUCCAGCAGCAUACGAUGAUGCCAAGGAGACUAUCAUGUGGGUCCGAGACCAGGCGUUGGAUAUCAACGGCUGUGAUCCAUGGUUAAAAGAGUAUGUAGAUUUUUCCAAGUGUUUUCUGAUUGGUGGUAGUGCAGGUGGCAAUAUGGUUUACCAUGCAGCUUUGCGUGCUUUGGACAUCAAUAUCUCACCUGUGAAAAUCAUAGGGCUGAUAAUGAAUCAGCCGUACUUCAGUGGGGUGGAAAGGACUGAAUCAGAGAAGAGAUUCAUCAAUGAUCGGAUUUUGCCUUUAACAGCUAAUGAUCUAAUGUGGUCCUUGGCUUUGCCAAAGGGAGCUGAUCGUGACCAUGAGUAUUGCAAUCCAAUGGCUGCUGAUGGGUCCCAUAAGGAGAACAUUGGACGGCUGCCAAGGUGCUUAGUGACAGGACAUGGAGGGGAUCCACUGAUUGACAAGCAGAGGGAAUUGGUGAAAAUGCUGGAGGCGCGUGGGGUCGAGGUGGUGGCAGAUUUCGCUGAAGGAGGUUGUCAUGGGAUAGAAGUUUUCGAUCCGUUGAAGGCUCAAGCUCUGUUUGAGACCAUUAAGGAAUUUGUCAACAAUUCUUGUCAUCAGGAUGUUAAUGUGGCUACUGCCAAAUCAACCCUGUAAGAAGUUCUUAAUUACUAAAUAUUGGUUCAAAAUUUUCAGUAGUCUGCUAAAAAAUUUUAAUUAUCGUCGAUUAUUGUAUU